AAGAAUGUCAUCAUGGACUGAAUUAGUGCCGGUUCUUUCUGUUAUUUCUUAGGUUUUCAAAUAUACAUCCUAUUACUGUACUGAGGUGGACAGGGAUUCCCUCAAUUUUAAUAACGGACAAACAGUAAGAAGAACACGUUGAGUUGAUUUUCACAUUAUUUAAGCUUCCUUUAAAAGAGUUGUUUUUAAGGGAAAUGAAUAGAAAUAAUCCACUUUGAAGAAGCCAUGGCAAAAUCAAAGACAAAACAUAGACUUUGUUCUCGAGAAUCUUCAGUAUCUUCACUGCUGGCAAGCUGCAGCCUGAGUGAUAGUAAUUCCUCUAAUUCUGAUGGCUCUUAUCACUAUAAAGAUAAGCUGUACAGAUCUGCUUCUCAAGCUCUACAGGCUUAUAUUGAUGAUUUUGAUCUAAGCCAAAUGUAUCCUGGUACCAGCACUGGAAAAAUUAACAUUGAUGAGGAUUUUACUAAUAUGUCACAGUUCUGCAACUAUAUUUACAAACCAAACAAUGCUUUUGAAAACCUUGAUCAUAAAAAGCACUCAAACUUCAUCUCCUGUAGAAGACAGACUAUUAAUGACAUAGACUCCAUGAGCCUAACAACUGAUGAUCUAUUAAGACUCCCAGCAGAUGGAUCAUUUUCUUAUACUUAUGUUGGACCAAGUCACCGAACGAACAAGAAAAACAAGAAAUGCCAUGGAAGACUGGGUUCAUCGGACGUUGAGAAGAAUCCAAAUUUUCAAGGACCCUCCACUCCCAUGGGCAAGGAUAACUUUGUUACUCCUGUUGUAUGCACAAAUAUAAAUGGAAAGCAAUGUGGUAGGCUAAAAAACCCAAAACUUAUGAAUAGGACUAAUAAUUGCAUAUCUGAAUCAUCCUUGUCUUUUCCCAAGAAAUCGUCUUUCAAGGACAGUUCAGAACACAGUCUUGAAAAGAAUUAUCCAAGAUGGCUCACUAGCCAGAAAUCUGACCUUAAUGUUUCAGGGAUAACUAGUAUACCUGAUUUCAAAUACCCAGUCUGGCUCCACAAUCAAGACUUGCUACCUGAUGCAAAUAGUCAAAGGGUUUGUCAAAUAUUUAAAGAUGAUCAGUGUUCCCAUAAACACAGUCAUCAAGCACAAGGAACUUCUCAGCUUAUGAAUAAAUUAGAUUGUUUUGAAUAUGCUUUUGAACCCUCAAACUUUUCAAAUUCCUUGAGUGAUGAUAAAGAAUUAGUUAAUGAAUACAAAUGUGAUUUUGAACAUAGUCAAUGUGAAUGUGAGAAUCCACUUCUCCCAGGACAAUCCACAAAGCCAUUCAGUGGUGACAAAAUUGAAUUGCUUAUCUUGAAGGCCAAGAGAAAUCUAGAGCAGUGUACUGAAGAAUUACCAAAGUCCAUGAAAAAGGAUGACAGUCCUUGCUCAUUAGAUAAACUUGAAGCAGAAAGAUCAUGGGAAAAUAUUCCUGUUACUUUCAAAUCUCCUAUUCCUGUUAACUCUGAUGAUAGUCCUCAACAAACUUCAAGGGCAAAGAGUGCUACAGGGGUUCUUGAAGACUUUCUAAAUAAUGAUAAUCAGAGCUGUACUCUUUCUGGAGGCAAACAUCAUGGUCCUGUUGAAGCCCUGAAACAAAUGUUAUUUAACCUUCAAGCAGUACAAGAACGUUUUAAUCAAAAUAAGACCACAGAGCCAAACGAAGAGAUUAAACAAGUUUCAGAAGAUGAUUUCUCUAAAUACAGUUGAAAAAGUAUGAUCCUAUUACCAGGGUCGCUUCAGAAGGCUUUGCACCCUUUCUCUGCGCUUUGAGAGACCUGGUUGAUGAUACCAAUGGGAGGAGCGCGAAGUGGGAGAGAGAAGAGUGUCGUGAGUAUCACCACAGAACGAGAUGCAUUUUUUUGUUGACUUAAAUGACAAAGUAGAUGAGUAGCGCGUACGUAUUUUUGAUUGUGCGGGAUUAUGAGUGAUGUGUGCGUGAGAAGAGCAGUGAAACUUGAAAAGUCCAUUAGGUUUUAGGACCUGUCUUCAUUUUGUGCCAACCAGUACUAGAUGUGAAGUGAGUCGCGACGUAGUGAUGUGAAGUGUUGUACUUUCAGUGUGUGUGCGGCAAAUGUCGUCAUAUUUAAAGAUGAUGACUUCGGUGUUGUGUGAGUACCUGGAUUUAACCUGUGUUGCGAGUGCGUGAGCAUUGUAUUACUCUGGUUCAGAGUCAUUUAAGAAACUUUUACUGUUUUUAUCCAAAAUUCUUAUUAUGUGAAAUAUGACUGUUUUUAGAGUAUAGUUAGCGGAUACUUAGAAGCGCUUAAAGGAAUAUAAAAUUGUUAUUGUGUAUGUCAUCUAUGCAGAAGUCUGGUACUUUGAAAUUUUAGUGAGAAUGUGUGUGUUGAGGAUACAUUGUAAUUUGAAAGUGUAGAUGUGAGUGAGCGUGUGUGAGAAGGAAUGUUGUAUUGUGACAUUCAAGGGAACCUCUCCAGUGCUCUAAUUAGUACUCUUCGGUUCGUGAUGUAAGAUCAAUAUUGAUUAAUGUUGCGUUUGCGAGCGCGUUGUUGGAGUAUUUAGAAUUUAAUAUUUUCCAAUAUAUAGGUUGUUUCCAGAUUUUAAUUUUGGGGUUAGCUCAAACUUCGUUGAAAACUGAGUCGAAUGCGCGAGUGUGUAGUGUUGUGAUAAUUAAAACUUAAAAAUGUUUAUGAAAAUCACGGAAAGCAAACUCUGUAUUUGUAGAGCGAAUUGUGUGAAGUGUGUGUGUGUGUAACACAACUGUUCUUAAGUUUGUCUCUAGCUGAACCGAACAAGCUCUGUAAUUUUUACCAAGCACUUAUUAUUGAUACUUCUUAUAAGUAGUAAGCAUCUUUAUUAACACAACUGAGAAUUAAGUCAUAAAACAUAACUAAUACAGCACAUUACAGCCUGAUGACAUUAAAGAAUGUGUAUAUAUAACUACCACAGAUUAACACUUCACCCAAAUGAUAGCGUUUUUCCUCAGUAGAUUUAUUGUCAAAUAGGAAUUUCUAAGCACAUUGAGUCAAAGCAUUUUUUCCAAGUUAAUAAAACAUCAUUUAACAUCUUUGUUAGAGGUGACACGUCAAACACUACAGUGAGCUCUGUGGGUUUUAUUUGUUUGUUUGUUUGUUUUUUGCCAGUGAGUUUUUUACCAUGCUGCUCUGACCAGUUUGAGAGGCAAUCACCAACGGAUUUGUUUUCUUUAUUCUGUGGAGAUGUUUUUGCCACUGACACUGUUUUCUGAUUAUAGUCUGCUUCAUAGAAAAUAGCCUGCAUAAACAAACAAGGAAUUACUUUGAAAUUAAAGUAUGCCUGACUAUUAAAAAUGCAGAGUUUAGGUGGGUAAACAUCAGGUAGGUCUGGGUGGGUCAUAUUCUAGGCCUAGAAAAAUCCACUGUUAGACAAGUUCUAAAGAAGGCAAGGAGAUAAAGGCAUCAGGUGGUAACUUCUAAUUGAAUAUUAUAUGUUGAUCAUACAUAAUAUAUACUAUGCCUGGAAAUUGUAAUGACUGAAAAGCACCUAUUUGGUUAGUGCUCCUAUUUAUGAGACUGUAUCUCCAAUACUAAAUGAGAUAAGCUUGUUCUAAAAUCUUAUAGCCAGUAUUUUAAGAAACUUGAUUAUACUUACCAAAGGAACAUUGUUUUCUCUUGUUUUAAAUAUGGAGAGGUUUAAUCCUUUACCUAACAAAGGAAUUAAUUUUAGCAAAAUGAUUCAUUCCAACCUUCUUAUAAGAAAUCUCUAGGAGAGUCAACUAAGAAAAAUAACGAAUCUAAGUGAUAAACAUUCAAGAAAUACUCUAAGUAAGAGAUUUAAUUACAAUUUUAAUAUCUCAGGAUUCUUUUUAGGUUUCCAGGGGAAAAGAGCAGGAUAAUAGUGUGGAGACUGCUAAGUUGAGAAUUUAAAAGAAAUGAGAACAUAAAAUUUUUAAAAUUGCAUUGUGAAUGUAAAAUUUUUAUCUUUUGCUCUCUUUUAGAUGUGUUGAGAAAAUGUUAAAUAGAAAAAAGUAAGAAAUUUUAAUAAGAUGUUUCAGAUCUUUGAGUAUGAAAAAUAUAACAAAAAAGCCUAAUUUCAAAAGACUAUUUGAGAUCAAGGGACAAUGGUGUGACCAGUAUGAAGGGUCAAGACUGAAAUAUAUUGUCUUUACUAUCAAGAACUCUACUUUCAGUUUUUUCUCACAGUUAAUUUCAGCUUCAUAGAGUUUUCUGACCAAAUUAAAAAACACUGUUUUCUUGGGUUUGUUUUGGGUAUAUGUCAUUAUAGUUAUGUUAUUUCUUGUUGAAAUUUAUAAUUGUGGGGUUUUUUUAUUGUUUUAAUAUUUAAUGGUGUAUAAUGUGUUAUUAAAUUAUACGUAGUUAUACCAAAAUGUUGCCUGAAGAUAAAUCAUGACAAGGUCCCAUGUUUAUUUCUAUGUUAUAGAUACCUGGAAUUGAUCUUGUAGAUUUGAAUUUUUGUUUCAUUUUUUUCUGUCCCACCCUUUGCUCUGUAUAUCUCAGAACAUUUUUGGUAGAAGUGCUAUCCAGAAGUGAACUUGUCAAAAGGCAAGUAGCAUGAAAGGAGACAGAAGAAGCAAAAGGCCAAUACAGAGGAUAAUUUCUGAGCACUUGAAGUUUCUUCAAAUGUGCAAGACUGUGUGUCUUCCUAUUAGAUGUAUGAAUUGGAUAUUUCAUGCCUAAUUAAAUGUGUUGGAUUGCAGUGCCUAUCAUACAGCGAUUGGAGUAAAUUGAGGCCUAAUCCUGAACAUAUUGUAGAGCAUAUUGUUAGAUAUUUUUCCUGUGAUAUUUGAAGUUAUUAUUUUCCCAUUUCCUUUUUCUUUUUUUCUUUGUAAUCAUAUGUCCCUAAGAUUGUUUUCCUUUUUUGGACCAAAAACAAGAACAAAAACUUAGCUUUUUAUCCUCCCAGUGUAUUCUGCAUUGUCCUUACCCUAGAUCAGCCCCUUCUGUGUAACAGUUUUUCUCACAAUGUAGCAACUUUUAUCUACCCUUCAGUACUUUCACUGGGACUAGUUCAUUCAUUUUCAAAUAGCUAUUUCAACCUUUAACCUCUCCUGUCUUUGUCUUUUACACAGAAGCCAGAGUGACUGGUCUUGGCAAGACUCUGUUGUGUAUCACCACUGUAACCUUAAUGAUUUGUUUCAGCAAAUUUGCUGUAGUUCAAUUGCUUUACUCAGAUUCCCCCAAACUUUAUAUGUGUAUUCUCACCUUUGUGUAUAUUAUUUCUCAUGCAUGAAAUACUCAAUUUUUAUUCUUUUAUCUAAAGCUUACGCUACAUUUCUUUAAAGCUCUGACCAAGUAUUUUAUUUUGUCCCUAAACAUUCUAACUAUCCACCAAACUGUGGUAAGUUGGCUUUUCUUUUUCCUUCCCCUGUCAUUUAUUUACCUGUUAUAUUUCAUUUUAAUAUUUUGGAUGGUACCUCUUAUACUAUGUUGUAUUCCUAGACAAGGAAAUGUAUAUCAAAAUAUGUUAGAUGAUUGAUUGUUUUAUCUCCUCGAUGAUAGAACUUUUUAUACUGCUUUACAGAAUCAAGAAAAAGUAAAGUGUAUUUUACAUAGUGGUUUUAAGUAUUGACUGAUUGAUAUUCUAAACCUGGUUUCCUGUAUAAAGUUGUAAGUUCAAGAUAAAGAGACCACAUUCUU